UUUAAAUUUAAUUUAUAAAUCCAAAUUAAAAACAAAUAAAAAAGAAGCAAGGGAGUGAGACAAAGGUUUUUCGCAUGCGUUGAACAGAAUCGUUGUCACUAGUCGUCAGUCUUCACUACGGAGCUUUUUGUUUCUGAUUCAACGACCCUUUGAUUCUUCGCCGGAAAAUUACAAAACCCAAAUUCUGAAACCACCAAUUCAUCGGAAUUCAAUGCCGGAGGACUCUUCGUCGAUAGACUACGCGAUGGAGAAGGCAUCGGGGCCUCACUUCUCCGGCCUUCGCCUGGACGGCCUUCUCUCUUCUUCUCCACCCAAUUCCGCCGUCCCUUCUCCUUCUCACCUCCGAUCGGCUGUAUCCUCCUCCUCAUCUCCUGAUUUUUCCGAUCCCGAAGCUCCAAAACAGCCCUUCGUUAUCGGUGUUUCUGGUGGUACGGCUUCUGGUAAGACAACAGUCUGCGACAUGAUAAUCCAGCAACUUCAUGAUCACCGUGUUGUUCUAGUUAAUCAGGAUUCCUUUUACCGUGGUUUGACAUCUGAAGAGUUGCAGCGUGUGCAAGAGUACAACUUUGAUCAUCCUGAUGCCUUUGACACGGAGCAGCUUUUGCAUUGUGCUGAGACUCUCAAGAGCGGGCAACCCUAUCAAAUUCCAAUCUACGAUUUUAAGACCCAUCAACGUAGAUCUGAUACUUUCCGCCAGGUCAAUGCUUCUGAUGUUAUCAUUUUGGAAGGGAUUCUUGUUUUCCAUGACUCACGAGUUCGGAAUCUGAUGAAUAUGAAGAUCUUCGUUGACACAGAUGCUGAUGUGAGGCUUGCUCGCAGAAUCAGGCGUGACACAGUCGAGAGGGGCAGGGAUGUCAAUUCUGUGCUCGAACAGUAUGCAAAGUUUGUGAAGCCGGCAUUUGAUGACUUUGUGCUUCCCUCCAAGAAAUAUGCUGACGUGAUCAUUCCUCGAGGGGGUGAUAAUCACGUUGCAGUUGAUUUGAUUACGCAACAUAUCCACACAAAACUCGGACAGCAUGAUCUCUGCAAAAUCUACCCAAAUGUUUACGUGAUCCAAUCAACAUUUCAGAUAAGAGGCAUGCACACACUUAUCCGAGAGAAGGACAUAUCAAAGCAUGACUUUGUGUUUUAUUCAGAUCGACUCAUCCGUCUGGUCGUGGAGCAUGGUCUUGGUCAUUUGCCUUUCACUGAGAAACAAGUAGUUACUCCAACAGGAGCUGUGUAUACCGGAGUUGAUUUCUGCAAGAAACUAUGUGGGGUCUCAAUUAUUCGAAGUGGUGAAAGCAUGGAAAAUGCAUUACGCGCUUGCUGCAAAGGAAUUAAAAUAGGGAAGAUUCUUAUCCACCGUGAUGGUGACAAUGGAAAACAGCUUAUAUAUGAGAAGCUUCCUCACGACAUCUCUGAACGCCAUGUCCUGCUUCUAGACCCUGUCUUAGCUACAGGCGCCGGAGGGAAUCCAUUGUGUCUGCAAACGUUUUCCGGCGUUGAAAAUAGUGACGUCUGAGAUAGACCAGUGUCUGAACCAAGAGUUCCGUGUUAUACCGGGGUUGGGCGAGUUUGGUGAUCGUUACUUCGGCACUGACGAGUAAAACCAGUAGUCACCACGCAACACUGUGACCGGUUCGAGUAAAACCAGUAGCCACCACUCAACACUGUGACCGACCGGUUCGAGCGAAAAAAACACUGACGCAUUAGUGCUGUAACAGCCUAAAUUUAUGAGUAGACAGUAAACAACUUACACAAGCUUCUUGUGCCUUUGAUAUUUUCUUGUCUCUCAUGAUUUAUGAAACUCUUCUUGCUUACUCAAAUUAUUUUUGAUUAUGUAACUUUGAAAAUAUGCUUGGGACAAGAAAACUAGUCUGUUUCGAGAAGAACAAGAGAAAAACAUAUCCAAUAUUCUGUUAGAA